GACUGAGUGGCGGCGGAGUGAACUUGUGAGGACGAGGAGGGCGAGAGAGGGAGCUGCGCUCUCUUUCCCUCGCCGAACACUAUUACUCUGCUCUAACGUCGCCCUUUGGAGUUAUUUGGUUUUUAGUCUAGCGGCAAGAGGAUCCUGCUCGGGGUUGUCACCAUUCCUGUGGACUAUAGCAGCCGACAUGGACUCCCGCAUAAAGUUCAUCUUGUUCUCCGGCUUGUGGUUCGGAACCGGAGCGGAGUUUGACGGCAGGUGGUCGAGGCAGAUGGCGCCGUCCAACGGGCUGUGUCGAUACGGCGACAGGGUGAACUGCUGCUGGGGAUGGAUACCCGGCCCGGGGGGGCAGUGCCAACCGUCCGUCUUCUUAACCCACAGGCUAGUCGGGAUAAAGUGCCCCAAGCCCCAAGCAUUGUGCCAGCCGGGCUGCAAGCACGGAGACUGCGUGGGACCCAACCAGUGCAAAUGUCACGCUGGGUUCACUGGCAAGACCUGCAAUCAAGAAGAACAGCUGGCAGACUAUUUCACUCCACCCAUGUGGUCCAGUCUGCUUCCUAUAUUUCUACCUGUGGACCAUCAGCCGGCGACUGUAGUCUUGCAGGACCUGAACGAGUGCGGACUCAAGCCUCGGCCCUGUAAACACAGGUGCAUGAACACCUACGGCAGCUACAAGUGCUACUGCCUCAACGGCUACAUGCUGAUGCCUGACGGGUCCUGUGGAAACCUUCGCAGUUGCGGCAUGGCCAACUGCCAGUACGGCUGCGAGGUGCUAAAAGGAGAGGUCCGAUGUCAAUGUCCAUCACCGGGGCUACAGCUGGCUCCGGAUGGCAGAACCUGCGUGGAUGUCGACGAGUGCGCCACUGGGCUCGCAGUCUGUCCACGGUGCAGGAAGUGCAUCAACACCUUUGGCAGCUACAUCUGCAAGUGCCACGACGGCUUCGACCUGCAGUACAUCAAGGGGAAAUACCAGUGCAUGGAUGUGGAUGAGUGCUCUUUGGACCCGAAUCGCUGCAGCAGCUUGGCCACCUGCUACAACACCAGGGGCUCGUACAAGUGCAAGUGCAAGACCGGCUACAGGGGGACGGGCCGAGACUGCAAACCCAUUCCCAAAGUGGUCAUCAAGCCUCCCAGACCGGGCUUGUUCCCCCCGAGCCAUCACAACCACCUCCCCGACAUCGACCAGAGGAGGACCACCACCACCCUGCGUCCGGUGGUAACAAUGUUUAUCCCCGCCGCCCCCAAAACGACGACCGUCGCCACGACGACCACCACCACCACGACCACUGUCAGAGCAACGCCACCUCCACGCAGGACACCGCCUCCUACAAAGAAGCCCUUCGUCCCCACCAGGAGGCCGCCCGCACCCACAAGCAAGCCCUACGUCUCUCCAAGGCCGGUGGUCCCGACCAGGCGGACCCCAGGGGUUACAACUGUGGACAACAGCAUCCACAAGGCCACCAAGCACCGAGGAGACGUCUACAUUCCGCCGCACGGUAAAGACGACAUGCUGGUGGACUACGAGAUCUUGCUUGGCGACGAGGAUGAGCAAGUUAACGAUGAAGCCGAUUCAGGCUUCAUGAGCUGCUCCUUUGACGACGGCCUUUGUGGCUGGAUCACAGACCAAGGCGGGGACGUGCACUGGGAGACGACGCCUGACCCGGCAGGCGGUCGCUACCUGACCAUACCAGAAGUGGGCAGCAAGAGGACGGGACGCGGGGCGAGGCUGGUCAUCCCCUUGGCUCCUCCCUGGAACGAGGGCAACCUGUGCCUGACCUUCCGCCACAAGCUGGCCGGCCACCACGUGGGCAUGCUGCAGGUGUUCGUCAUAAAGGGGACGCAGUACAAUCCUUCCGUGUGGGGAAGUACGGGUGGAAACCGAUGGAGGCACACGCAGAUAACGUUGUGGGGGAUGGGCCUGGAGAGCGUGGUGCUGAAGGGCGAGCGUGGACGGGGCAGAAGCGGUGAGAUGGCGUUGGACGACCUCUCCUUGAGCAAAGGCUCCUGCACGGACGACUUUCUCGCCCCGAAGCGGAAAAAAAAGUCAUCUCAAUGAGACAAGGUGACGUGUGUUUUUGCCUCACUGGCGCCCCCGUGCUGCCGACACGGUGAACAACACGCCGCUGAAGACUGAACUUGCAGCAGCAUGGGGGCCGCCUGCUUCUGUGCGGUUGCCAUGGAGACACCAAGGUACAUCAGUUUUAUUUACUUGCUGUUCUGAUCGGCGACGCCGGACAAAAGACAACUCGGUCCCCAAAAGUAAGAUAAGGAGAAUCAAGUUGACAUUUGACGAGGAACAAGGUUCAAAGGAAAAGUGGUAAAUUCUGAAAACUGCUGAGAUAAUGCAGGAAUAAAGUCACAUUUAGAAAAUAACUUAUCACGAGAACAAGGUUGGAAUAUUAAGACACAGAGUUGGACCUUUACUGGGAAUACAGAUAAAAGUAGCGAUUUUAUGGGAAGACAAAGUGUGUUUAUUUAAACGAACAAAAAUAGAAUUUUAAAAGGAAACAAGUGCGCACAUAAUUUGAAUUACAAUGUUACAGGUAUGCUGUUUUUAUGACAAAAGGAUGUUAUUGUGGAAUAACGUAUAUUUGCAAUAAAACAUUACGAGAACCAGGUUAAAAUUUUAAUACAUAAAAGGGCCCCAGCGGGCAUAAAGUCAUGUGUUCACGGUGAAAAGUAACAUAGGAAUAAUGUUGAAACUUCAAGACAGGAAGUUGAGCUAUAAAGUCAUAUUUACCAUUAAAAGAAGUCACAAAAAAUUUAAAGGUGGAAAUUUGAAGAAAGAAAAGUUGGGAUGUAACGGGAAUAAAUUCAUAUAUUGACAAUGAAAUGUAACAUGGUUGAAAUUUUAUUACAAAAGACAGUUUAAGCAGAAAUAUUCACAAUAAAAGGUAACAUGAAGUUGAAAUUUUCGGACAAAAAAGUUAUGCUGUGGCAGGAAUAAAGUUGUAUUUUUGCAAUGGAACGUAACAUUAUGAUGAGGUUAAAAUUUCACUACAAAAUACAGUUUGAUCAGAAUAAAGUUGUAUAUUCACAGUAAAAGGUAACAUAAUAUAAGGUUGACAUUUUAGGACAAAAAAGUUAGGCUGUGGCAGGAAUAAAGUUGUAUAUCUACUAGGGGUGUGGGGAAAAAAAUCGAUUUGGAUACGUUAUGCGAUUCAGAAUCGAUUCUCAUUUUUAAAAAAUCUAUUUUUUUUUUUUUUUAAUCUAUCUAACAAACCACUACACAGCAAUACCAUAACAAUGCAAUCCAAUUCCAAAACCAAACCUGAGCCAGCAACACUCAGAACUGCAAUAAACAGAGCAAUUGAGAGGAGACACAAACACGACACAGAACAAACCAAAAGUAGUGAAACAAAAAUCAAUAUCAUCAACAACAGUAUCCACAUUAGUUAUAAUUUGAGCAUAGCAGUGAUUAAAAAUCCCUCACUGACAUUAUCAUUAGACAUUUAUAAAAAUAAUAAAAAAGAACAAAUAGUGUCACAGUGACUUACACUUGCAUCGCAUCUCAUAAGCUUGACAACACACCGUGUUCAAUGUUUUCACAAAGAUAAAAUUAGUCAUAUUUUUGGUUCGUUUAAUAGUUAAAACAAAUUUACAUUAUUGCAAUCAAUUGAUAAAACAUUGUCCUUUACAAUUAUAAAAGCUUUUUUUUUUUUAAAUCUACUACUCUGCUUGCAUGUCAGCAGACUGGGAUAGAUCCUGCCGAAAUCCUGUGUAUUGAAUGAAUACGGAAUUGUUUUGAAUCAGAAAAAUAUCGUUUUUGAAUCGAGAAUCGAAUCGAAAAAAUCAAUAUAUUAUCGAAUCGUGAUCCCAAGAAUCGAUAUUGAAUCGACGGGUGGGACACCCAAAGAUUUGCAGCCCUAAUAUUUACGAUAAAACGUAACGUUAUGAAGAGGCUAAAAUUUUAGGACAAAAAAAGCUGAGCUCUUGUGAGAAAAAGUUGCAUAUUUACAGUAAAAAGUUGUCAGAGGACAAUAAUGUUGACAUUUGAGCACAAAUGGGCUGUGUAGUGAAAUAUUCACAAAAAAAUGUAACAACCUGAAAAUAGGGUGGAAAUGUUACGAGAUUUUGGAUAAAAUUUUGGGAAAUGUACACAUUUAUAAACUUGAAAUCCUACACAAAAAAAAAAACUGACUUUCAUGGAAGUGAGAUGUUUUUUUACAUGACAAAGUAAUCUUAGGAAGCAAGUUAGAACUUUGAUGAAAAACAUUAUGUUACGAUAAAACAGUAGCGAUCAUUUUCUUUUGACGCUAAAAAGUAAUACGAGAAGACAUUGGACAAGAUUACGCCGGAAAGAAGGCGUUUUCACAAGAAAGUAAUUUAAAGCUGCUGUCAGUUUUUGGCGACAAAGUAAAUAUUACCACCAAGUAAGAUAUUUACGUUGAGUAAUGUUACUCAAGAAAAAGAGUUCAGCAUGUUGAUUAAAAUCAAAAUUCUCUUCUUUUCUUUCCAGCGAGAGAAGUUGAGGGAAAAUAAGGUGGACAUUUUACAAGUAGCAAUAUUGUUGGAAUUGAAUCAACAUUUGCAGGACAACACAUAUAUUAUUGCAAGGGCAAAACCAAUAAAGAAAAAAAUAACCUGCGUAUUUAUUCUUGCAUUAUAAUCAGUUAUUUUUGUAAAAUUGCAACUUUUUGUGAUCUCACUGACUUUUUAAAAAAUUUAAACGCAUCAUUUUAUCAGCAAUAUUCCAAUACUUUUGAUCAAUUACUUUUUUAUUGAUCGGUUAAAUGUACUUGUCGUAAAAGUACAUCAAUCCAAAACAUCUCAGUUUCUGUCUUGCAAAAUUAAGACUUUGUACUUCACAAAAUGCUACUUUUCCCAAUCAUAAUUACAACUAGGUUGAUUUAGUACAUUUAUUUAGUUUUUUUUCACAGUUUCUGUCUAUGAAAAAACUCCAUACUAAUUUUUCAUUAAUACUCCAUUUUUAUUUUACGACUUAGUUAUCCAGUCACAGACAAGUCUGCAGCUUUUAUAAACUGUACUCCACGGCUGUCCAAUGAAAAGCGGCUAUUUCCACAUUUAGUGAGUUUAAAAAGAGCAACAACUCAGAAAAUAUGAAGAUUUGCGGUUUUGCAUCGGACAGCGACGGUGGCUGUAAAUGUAUUUGUGUGUACAUAGGCUCAUGUUGUGUGAUUUCCAAAUUGUUAAAUAACACAAAAAGUCCACUGUUGUAAUGCACCGUGUGUACAUGUGUUAUGAAUACAGGCUCGGUGUUGUGCUUCACGACGCUCCCUUCAACCUGUAAAGCACAUGUACUGUAUGCUGCAUUGAUGAUGAUGAUGAAGGGUUUUUACGUUUGUUUGUGAUAUGCAUGAAAACAUUCAACAUAUUCAAAUUAGCACAAAUGCAGAAUGUAAAUAAAAUAUGUUUGACACACA